ACGCAAAACAAGGUCGUGGGCAUCGGUACCUUCCAUUCUUUACAUCGUUAGCCCUUUGCAUGCUUGGAAACGAAUUUGGCAACAACCACAUUAGCCUGUCCUCCUCCCCUCCUCUUCCCGCAGCCGCAAGUAUUCCUCCACUACCCAAGGCAUGAAUCUCUACGCAAGUGCUUGUUGUUAUUGUCUCCGCCCGAUUGCCGCAUGCGAAACACUGUCUCUCAUGUCGUAUCGUUUGUUACGCCGACGACAGCAUCGCAAUCUUUUAUCUGCAUCUUGUUUGACAUUGAAACCACGCAGUCCGCCAACCGUAUUCAUGAGCACCACCACCACCUCCUCCUCCCGUUCCUCCACCUUUCCCUCUCCUUCGCCGCACGCCUUCCUCUCCUCCCUCCUCGAGAAUGCACACGCUCCUCGCACGCCCCUCUUCCCACUGCGUGCCUCCUCCGUCUCCUUCCUCCCCGACCCGCCAGCUUUCUAUCAAACCCUUCUGGACGCCAUCGCCCGGAGUCACGAUCGAAUCACCCUCUCGGCGCUCUACCUAGGCCAUGGCCCCAUGGAACAGGCUUUGGUUCAGCACAUUUUGGCCGCCUGUCACAAAAAACCGAAUUUGCGCGUGCAAAUCCUUCUAGAUCAUUCGAGAGGAACCCGAGGGCACCGGCAGGGCACCUCCUCUCUCACCACGCUCGCCCCCCUCCUUUCCCUCACUCGCACCCGGCCUUCCUCCACCUCCCUCCAGCCCCAAGCCCACGUCGCAUUGUUGCGCAUGCCUCAACUGUCCGGGCCGUGGGCCCGGCGUUUUAUCCCGAGCCCGCUCAAUGAGGUCCUGGCAGUGUCGCAUGUGAAAGCCCUCGCUUUCGACGACGAAGAAAUCCUCUUGACGGGGGCAAACCUCUCCCACGAUUAUUUCUCGAGGCGGCAGGACCGGUAUGUCCACGUGCGGGGACCCUGGCCUAAUUUUUCCGGGGCAGAUGGGGGGGACGGCCGGCUCGCCAGCCUCCCGCUCUUCUACCAUGGACUCGUUGAGACUCUGAUGCCCUUCGGCCUCUCUCCCGCCCAGGCGCUGGCACCAGCUUCUCAAGGCGUGGUGCGGGAUUUUGGGGCCCUGAAGGUUGCCCUGGGAGGCCUG